UGAUGGGAGGAUUUAGCGUGAGUGUGCAAGACACUAUCAGAAGGAGAUCUGCAAUGGCUAACGACAGUGCUUUGAUCAUUGAUGUGGAUGUAAGAAGUCGUGAGAACAACUCGGCACACCGCACCAGGGAGAUCGAUGGAGAGCGUUUGAUUGUCCGCAGAGGUCAACCUUUCUCCAUAACUCUGCAGUGCUCCGACUCUCUGCCCCCCAAACACCACCUGGAACUGGUCCUGCACCUCGGUCGGAGAGACGAGGUGGUGAUCAAGCUUCAGAAGGAGCGAGGGGCCGCAGACAAGUGGUGGUUUCAGCAGCAGGGAGCUCAGGAUGAAAUACUGCUGACUCUGCACAGUCCAGCGGACGCCAUCAUUGGCCAAUACCAUCUAGCUGUGCUGGUGAUGUCACCGGACGGACGCAUGUUAGAGAAAAUGGACAAAACUAGGUUCCACCUGCUGUUUAACCCGUGGUGCAAAGAUGAUGUGGUUUACCUGCCCGAUGAGAGUCAGCUCCGGGAGUACAUAAUGAACGAAGAUGGAAGCAUUUAUAUAGGAUCCUGGGAUUACAUCAGAAGUGUUCCCUGGAAUUAUGGACAGUUUGAGGACGAUGUGAUGGACAUCUGUUUUGAAGUCCUGGACAACUCCAAAGACGCUCUGAGAAACUCAAAGAUGGACACUGAGUGCAGAUCUGACCCCGUCUAUGUUGGCAGGAUGAUCACUGCGAUGGUGAACUCUAAUGGUGACAGAGGUGUGCUGACCGGACGUUGGACUGAGCCGUACUCUGAUGGAGUCUCACCGACUCGAUGGACCGGCAGCGUGCCGAUCCUCCGACAGUGGAGCAAGGCCGGGGUCAGAGCCGUCAAAUAUGGCCAGUGCUGGGUGUUUGCUGGUGUCGCAUGUACAAUGCUGCGUUGUCUGGGAAUCCCAACACGCCUCAUCACCAACUUCUCUUCAGCCCACGAUGUGGAUGGAAACCUCUCUCUGGACUUUCUGUUGGAUGAAAACCUGAAGAGCAUAGACAGCAGAGACAGCAGCUGGAACUUCCACUGUUGGGUCGAGUCCUGGAUGAAAAGAGAGGAUCUCCCCAAAGGAAAUGACGGCUGGCAGGUUUUGGACCCCACCCCUCAAGAACUGAGUGAUGGUGAGUUCUGCUGUGGUCCGUGUCCAGUGACGGCCAUCAAGGAGGGAAAUCUGGCAGUAAAGUACGACGCUCCGUUUGUGUUCGCUGAGGUCAACGCUGACAUCACCUACUGGAUGGUCCAAAAGAAUGGACAACGCAAGAAGAUCAGAGUGGAUCAGAGCAGCGUGGGGAGGAACAUCAGCACCAAAAGUGUUUAUGGAGACCACAGAGAAGACGUCACUCUGCACUACAAAUAUCCUGAAGGCUCCAGGAAGGAGAGAGAAGUGUUUGAAAAGGCGGGUCGACCUUUCAACGAGUUGACCAAUGAGAGCACAGAACCAGGACAACUGCAGCUGUCAAUCAAGCAUGCUCAGCCUGUGUUUGGGACAGACUUUGAUGUGAUUGUUGAGGUGAAGAAUGAAGGAGGCAGAGAUGCUGUUGCUCAGCUGACCAUGUUGGCCACAGCUGUAACUUACACUUCUCUCCACCGGGGGCAGUGUCAGAGGCAGACGACCACUGUGACUUUGCCAGCUCACAGAGUCCACAAACAAAUGCUGCGUCUGCACUACGAUGAAUAUGGCAGGUGUGCCUCUGAGAAUCAUCUAAUUCGGGUGAAAGCACUUUUAGAGGCUCCAGGGGAGAACAAACCCAUCAUGACUGUGGCUAACAUCCCACUGAGCACACCUGAGCUCCACAUACAGGUUCCUGGGAGGGUUCUUGCAUGCCAGCAAGCGAUGGCAUAUAUCUCCUUCACCAAUCCUCUACCAGUCCCACUUAAGGACAGUGUUUUCACUGUGGAGGGGGCCGGCCUGCUGUAUCCCACUGAGAUUCAUGUUAAAGAACACAUAGCUCCAGGCCAGAAGGUGUCUGUGAAGCUCACCUUCUCACCCAUGAGAGUCGGGGUGAGGAAGCUCCUGGUGGACUUUGAUUCGGACAGAUUGAAGGAUGUGAAGGGAGUUGCCACCGUGGUCGUCCGCAAGAAGAACCAUCAGAAGCCACGUUUAGUGGACCAGAUUACAUAUGUACUUGGUUAGUUCUGAUUUGGAAAUGUACAUGUUCUGAUGAAAAUAUAUCUAACUUUACUUUGUAAAGGCAGUAAUGGUAGCAUCAAAAAACUCUGUCUGAGAUGAGUAUCAUACACAUGUUGUACGUUUUGUUACUUGGUUACAUCUUUUGUGCUGUUUAUGGGUGAAAUAUGAACAAAUUAUGGUAGUUAAAGCAUUGUGUGUAAUAGUAUUUCAUUUCGAACAAUAAAUCUUAAUUCAUUUCUUAAAAAUUGCUAUGUGAAAUACAAUAUCAAGACCCUGACAUGUGCAUCAUUUUGUUUAAAAGUUCAUGUAUUUACAAUAUUCACAAUACAUACAAGAAGUACACAAUCUUCAACUAAAAUAAAGGACUUUCAAAGGACAAUACUGACAAGAAAUUAUUUCUGAAUGUAAGUGGAGGGAUACUAAAUGAUGUCGGUCCAUGUUAACAGUAUAAAUAAGUUCAGAAACUGGUGAUUGUAACCUGUUUAUUAGCCUCUUUCAAGACUGUUCCACUAUCAUUUUAAUAGCUUAAUUUACAGUAUGUAUGGGUUGUAGUAUAAACAUAUGCAUAUUUGUAUGAGCUGCCUUGCACCUGGUAUUUACUUGUAUUUUACUGAAUACUAGGGUUCAUUUUUAAUGUUGUUCAAUUUUAUCUGAGAAUGGUAAAAAUGCAAAUUGUUUCAGCAUUCAGAUUUUUGGCUCUCCACAUCUUCUAGCCAGUCACUGAGCACAACAACAUUUAUUUAUAAUCUAGCUGCAAGUUUGAUUCUAUCAUAGUACAGGAUUGAACAAUGUGCAUUUCUCUCUCAUGUGGUUAACAGUGAGGUCCUCACCAUUGACUUGGCUUUUUAUUUCUGCAGAUGAAGCCAGCAAUUGUCCAUAUCCACCAGCCUGAAAGUGUCAACAUGUAUUUUUCUAAUUCUACUUGUUUAACUAAUAAUGACAGUGUUUUAUAUGACAAAAACUCUGUAUAGUUUAAAAACAAUGCUGCAGAUAACUCAGAAUAAUACUUAUGAAAAAGAUCUUUAUUGUCAUCACAGUGCACACAUCUACCCGCAUACAGAAUUAUUACCAACAAAAAAAUGCAUAAAGAUGAAGAUUAAAGAGUAUGAAACACUUUGGUUUCUUCCAAGCAUAUUUUGACCUCUGGAUUGGAAAUAGUGCAAAAAAAAUGUAACAAAACAUCCAACAACUAAUUUUGUGUGAUUAGAUACUUAAAUUAGAUUAGAUACUGAAAUUAAUAACAGAGACACCCUGUUAAAAAAAAAAAAAACGUGGCAAAGCAUUAUGGUUGAUUUGUAAAAUUGCAAAAACCAGCA